AUGAACUAUUUCAACACUGUUCUCAUGAACGACCUCCUCACUGUCUUUCAUAAGCGUUUCAACACUGUUCUCAUGUAUGACCUCCUCACUGUCUUUCAUAAGCGUUUCAACACUGUUCUCAUGUAUGACCUCCUCACUGUCUUUCAUAAGCGUUUCAACACUGUUCUCAUGUAUGACCUCCUCACUGUCUUUCAUAAGCGUUUCAACACUGUUCUCAUGUAUGACCUCCUCACUGUCUUUCAUAAGCGUUUCAACACUGUUCUCAUGUAUGACCUCCUUACUGUCUUUCAUAAGCGUUUCAACACUGUUCUCAUGUAUGACCUCCUCACUGUCUUUAUAAGCGUUUCAACACUGUUCUCAUGUAUGACCUCCUCACUGUCUUUCAUGAACUAUUUCAACACUGUUCUCAUGAACGACCUCCUCACUGUCUUUCAUAAGCGUUUCAACACUGUUCUCAUGUAUGACCUCCUCACUGUCUUUCAUAAGCGUUUCAACACUGUUCUCAUGUAUGACCUCCUCACUGUCUUUCAUGAACUAUUUCAACACUGUUCUCAUGAACGACCUCCUCACUGUCUUUCAUAA